GGCCUUCCGGUUCCUCUAUCGGAUCAGCUGACUCUGAUGCUGCUGUCAGGAGACCUAACGAUCUACAGUGAAUGGGAGUUAUGAGAAUUAACAAGCCAUAGAAACACUAAAAUCAACUAUAUAUUGACAGGAAGCUGAAACUCCUUUAACACGCGGUUCUCUCUAGGUGCACCAGUGUUUCAAACAUGACAGAAUUUUGGCUGAUCUCUGCCCCAGGAGAGAAGACUUGCCAGCAAACAUGGGACAAAAUGAUGACAGCUACCACACGUACCAACAACCUCUCCACCAACCACAAGUUCAGCAUCCCAGACCUUAAGGUUGGAACACUUGAUGUCUUGGUUGGACUAUCUGAUGAACUGGCCAAAUUAGAUUCCUUUGUUGAAAGUGUGGUGAAGAAGGUGGCUCAGUACAUGGCCGAUGUUCUGGAGGAUAGUCGAGACAAAGUGCAGGAGAACCUGCUGGCCAACGGAGUUGAUCUUGUCACCUACAUCACAAGAUUUCAGUGGGACAUGGCAAAAUAUCCCAUAAAACAGUCGCUUAAAAACAUCUCUGAAAUCAUCUCAAAGCAAGUAACCCAGAUUGACAAUGACUUGAAGGCCAGAGCAUCAGCAUAUAAUAACCUGAAAGGAAACCUGCAGAACUUAGAAAGGAAGAAUGCGGGGAGCCUGCUGACCAGGAGUCUGGGUGACAUUGUGAAGAAGGAAGACUUUGUACUUGAUUCAGAGUAUCUCAUCACUCUGCUGGUAGUUGUACCAAAGACAGCAUACACUGACUGGCAGAAAACAUAUGAAACACUUGCUGAGAUGGUGGUACCUCGAUCCACAAAUCUCCUGUUCGAAGACAGCGACAGCGGGCUGUUCAGUGUCACUCUAUUCAGGAAAGCCAUAGAUGAUUUUAAACACAAAGCCAGAGAGAACAAGUUCACAGUGAGAGACUUUCAGUACAAUGAGGAGGAGAUGAAGGCAGACAAGGAGGAGAUGACACGGCUCUCCACAGAUAAGAAGAAGCAGUUUGGUCCACUUGUUCGAUGGCUGAAGGUGAACUUCAGUGAAGCCUUCAUCGCGUGGAUUCACAUUAAAGCACUGAGGGUCUUUGUGGAAUCUGUGUUGAGAUAUGGACUGCCAGUGAACUUUCAGGCAAUGCUUCUGCAGCCAAACAAGAAGACCUUGAAGAAGCUGCGAGAGGUGCUGAAUGAUCUCUACAAACACCUGGACAGCAGCGCAGCAGCUAUUAUUGAUUCAGCGAUGGACAUCCCAGGCCUGAACCUGAGCCAGCAGGAGUAUUAUCCUUACGUCUACUACAAGAUCGACUGCAACCUGUUGGAUUUCAAAGUUUAAACCUUUGCCCUGUUUUUUGUCUUCACGCUGAGUGUUAAGUUACUUUCUUCCGGGUACAAACGUCCCCCUCCUCCCACGCUGUCCGCAUCCCCAUCGUCUCUCCUCCAAGCCAGCUGCUUGAAUGACCAUGCUGCAUGUUUAUUCCUUGUGGUGAAAAGGCUCAUCAGCAAGCUCCCACCACCUUCUACAACCAAGGGGCAAAAAAAAAAGACUUUUAAACAUAGUUUUUGUUUACAGUUUAUUUCUUAAAGCCUCACAAGUGAUUAGCUUUUUGAUGUGAAAUGAAUAAAGAAAUCACAAUGGAGAGUUGUACAUUUACUGUGUCAUUCCACAUGUGCUGAUAGCUACAUCUGUACUGGUGUUCAUUGAAUUGUGUUUAUGUAUGAGUGAUUUGAUCAUUGUAUCUAUGGAAACCACAUCUGUACAUGUUUCUAAGAUUGUGGGUGACCCCUGCAGAUAUGAAACAAAGGUGUUAUCUGAGCGUGUGUCGUCGUUCAUGUUGUGUAUAUUUGCUGUCAAAAAGAGAUCUAUAUCUGAGAGUUGUGUUAUCCAUUGAUUAAAUAAACAUGAUUUAAAUAAUUAA